AAUUUCUUGUUUCUUUUUCCCCACCUUCUACUGGCUACAGGGUUUCAGUCUCUGAAUCCUAUUCGAUAACCUUCCUGUUUGGGUUUCGCAUCCUUAAACUACCCCACUGUCACUACUUACUUCUGUGGUUUUUGUGCUCUGGAAAAAAGAAGACAUGUACAUCAAAGAGGUUUGCUUGGAGGGAUUCAAGUCAUACGCCACGAGGACAGUAGUUCCAGGUUUUGAUCCCUACUUCAAUGCCAUCACUGGACUCAACGGUUCGGGAAAGUCGAACAUUCUUGAUUCCAUAUGCUUUGUCUUGGGAAUCACAAAUCUGCAGCAGGUCCGGGCUUCGAAUCUUCAGGAGCUUGUCUACAAGCAGGGUCAGGCUGGAAUUACCAAAGCCACCGUCUCAAUUGUGUUCGACAAUUCUGAUCGAAGUCGAAGUCCUCUUGGAUAUGAAGAUUGCCAAGAGAUCACAGUCACGCGACAGAUUGUAGUGGGUGGAAGGAACAAGUACCUCAUCAACGGACACCUUGCUCAGCCAUCUCGGGUCCAAAAUCUAUUCCAUUCAGUGCAGCUGAAUGUUAAUAAUCCACACUUCCUCAUAAUGCAAGGGCGCAUUACCAAAGUUUUGAACAUGAAACCCCCAGAGAUCUUAUCUAUGCUUGAAGAGGCUGCCGGGACGAGGAUGUAUGAGACAAAGAAGGAGGCUGCUCUGAAGACACUUGAGAAGAAGCAAAGCAAGGUUGAUGAGAUUGAUAAGCUUCUUGACCAGGAAAUACUUCCUGCUUUGGAGAAACUGAGGAAAGAAAGGAUGCAGUAUAUGCAGUGGGCUAAUGGGAAUGCAGAAUUAGAUCGACUUAGAAGGUUCUGCAUUGCAUAUGAAUUUAUUCAGGCUGAGAAGAUAAGAGAUAGUGCAGUCAAUGGAGUGGAACAGAUGAAAGCCAGUAUUGCUGAGAUUGAUGACCAUGCAGAACACAUGCAGCUGGAGAUAAAAGAAAUGGAGACAAAAAUAUCACAUUUGACUGCUGAAAAAGAAGCAGCAAUGGGUGGAGAAGUAAAAACAUUAUCGGAUAAGGUAGAUGCCCUUUCUCAUGUUCUUGUGAAGGAAACAUCUGUUCUGCACAACCAAGAGGAAUCUCUCAGGGCUGAGAGAAAUAAUGCUGAACAGAUUGCUAAAAGUAUUGAAGACCUUAAAAAAUCUGUUGAAGAGAGGGAAUCAGCUGUAAAACAAGCUGAAGAUGGAGCAGCAGAUCUGAAAAAGAGAGUUGAGGAUCUUUCUAAGAAAUUGGAAAAGUAUGAAGGAGAUUAUCAGGGUAUCCUUGCUGGUAAAAGCUGUGGGAGUGAUGAGAUAUGCCUUGAGGAUCAAUUAGGUGAUGCCAAAACUGCAGUUGGAGGUGCUGAAACAGAACUUAAACAGCUGAAAACAAAAAUAAGCCAUUGUGAGAAAGAGCUAAAGGAGAAAAAGCAGCAGUUGAUGUCAAAACGUGAAGAAGCUGUUGCCACAGAAAAUGAGCUUAAUGUUAGAAAGAAAGAUGUUGAAAAUGUUAGAAUGGCACUGGAAUCUGUUAAUUAUAAAGAGGGCGAGAUGGAAGACUUACAAAAGGAUCGAUUGGCUGAGUUAGAGAUGGUGCAAAAGUUGAGGGAUGAAGCUCGAAUUCUUUCAGCACAACUGGCAAAUGUUGAUUUCACGUACCGUGAUCCUGAGAAAAAUUUUGACCGGUCAAAGGUGAAGGGUGUUGUUGCUAAGCUCAUAAAAGUGAAGGAUAGCUCUACAAUGACUGCAUUGGAGGUUGCUGCUGGUGGCAAGUUAUUUAAUGUUGUUGUAGACACAGAAAAUACAGGAAAGCAACUGCUCCAAAAUGGUCGCCUUCAAAGAAGAGUAACGAUUAUACCUUUGAACAAAAUCCAAGGCCACCCUGUUCCCCCAAGGGUUCUGCAUGCUGCUGCUAGAUUGGUUGGUGAUGAAAAUGCUGAGCUGGCUCUUUCAUUGGUUGGAUAUGAUAAAGACGUGAAGGCUGCAAUGUUGUUUGUUUUCGGUUCAACUUUCGUCUGCAGAAGUCUUGAUGCUGCGAAAGAGGUUGCUUUUAAUAGGGAAACCUGCACCCCAAGUGUAACUCUUGAAGGUGAUAUUUUUCAGCCAAGUGGUCUUUUGACUGGUGGUAGUCGCAAAGGUGGAGGUGAAUUGUUGAGGCAACUACAUACACUGGCAGAGGCUGAAGCAAAGCUUUCCGUUCAUCAGAACAGAUUAACAGAAAUUGAAGCCAAGAUUGCACAGCUCCUGCCUCUUCAAAGGAAGUUCAUGGAUCUUAAAUCGCAGUUGGAGCUGAAGUUAUAUGACCUUUCGCUGUUCCAGAGUAGAGUUGAGCAGAAUGAGCAUCAUAAGCUUGCUGAGCUAGUUAAAAAGAUCGAGCAUGAGCUUGAAGAAGCACAUCUGGAAAAAAAAGAAAAACAAGUUUUGUAUGAAAACUGUGUAUCUACUGUAAGAUUGCUUGAGAGCACGAUCAGAGAGAACUCUAGCAAGCGGGAUAGCUUGCUCAAAGAUUUAGAGGAAAAGAUCAAGGCAAUAAAGGCCGAGAUGCAGUCAGCUUCAAAAGACCUCAAGGGACAUAAAAAUGAAAGAGAAAGGCUUAUUAUGGAAAAAGAGGCUGUCAUGAAGGAGCAUGUCUCCAUGGAGAAUCAAUUGGUUCAGUUGCAGCAGCAGGUCAAUAGUCUUGAGUCAGAAGUGGAGAACCAUAGAGGAAGGGUUGCAUCAAUAAAGUCUGACCAUGAUCAAGUUCAAUCUGAGCUGAGUUCUGUCCGCUCAAAGUUGAAAGAAUGUGAUUCUCAAAUUAGUCACAUUGCCAAAGAACAGGCGAAGCUUCAACACAAACUUAGUGAUGAAAAACUGGAGAGGAAGAAGAUGGAGAAUGAAGUGAAGCGUAUGGAAAUGGAGCAGAAAGAUUGUUCUCUGAAGGUAGAUAGACUACUUGAGAAGCACAGCUGGAUUUUAGCGGAAAAACAACUUUUUGGAAAAAGUGGCACCGAUUACGAUUUCUCUGCUCGUGACCCUCGUAAAGCAAGGGAGGAACUGGAAAAGCUGCAAGCUGAGCAAUCAGGUCUCGAGAAGAGAGUCAACAAGAAAGUUAUGGCAAUGUUUGAAAAAGCAGAAGAUGACUACAAUGAAUUGAUAAGCAAGAAAAACAUCAUUGAAAAUGACAAGUCUAAAAUCAAGAUGGUGAUUGAAGAGCUGGAUGAGAAAAAGAAGGAAACCUUAAAAGUCACAUGGGUUAAAGUUAACACUGACUUUGGAUCCAUCUUUUCUACCUUAUUACCGGGCACAAUGGCAAAGCUGGAGCCUCCUGAAGGAUGUAGUUUCUUAGAUGGUCUGGAGGUUCGUGUUGCUUUUGGAAGUGUGUGGAAGCAGUCCUUGUCAGAGCUUAGUGGAGGGCAACGGUCACUUCUGGCACUUUCUCUCAUUUUGGCACUGCUUCUCUUCAAACCAGCACCUCUUUACAUACUUGAUGAGGUUGAUGCAGCUCUUGAUUUGAGUCACACACAGAACAUUGGAAGGAUGAUCAAGGCUCACUUCCCACAUUCUCAGUUCAUUGUGGUCUCUCUGAAAGAAGGCAUGUUCAAUAAUGCCAAUGUCCUCUUCCGGACUAAAUUUGUAGAAGGUGUCUCCACUGUCCAGAGAACAGCCAUGUCAAAACAGAGCAAGUAAUUUCUGUGGUCUGCUGGAGAUUCUAUAAUGAACUUGGUAAAAUCCCAGUAGCAACUAAACCCAAUUGCAUGUGUUGAAAUAUUUUUCCUUGUGGUAAUAUGCUCUAGUCCUUUUAAAAAUAAUAAAAAAAACUCGUAUGUGGACAUUACACUCAACUGUAGCUGUUGAUUUGGAGCCUUGGUUAAAGAGUGCCAUCUCAAUGUUGUUUUUUGGGUAUUCUAUAUCAUGAUAUGCACCUCUUUUC